UUCAUCUAAAUUCAAUGUGUGUCGCUGUCACUUGCACUACAAUGGGACUCUUAUUUAGAAGAAGAGCUUUUAAUCCGGAAGUGGAAAACAGAUGUUUACUGCGUCUCGGUUUUGGAUGGAUGAGACUUGCAGACGAUGCAGCCGUAUGAAAGAAGUGUGAUGAUGGGUGUACUGAACCAACGUCGAGACAGUAGAAUUCCUUAUUAGUGAUUAUGGUCGCAUUUGUGGAUUUAACGGUGGAGCUCCCUGCCUGCCUCUGGUGAACGUCUGCAAUGGUCUGAGUAGGAACCGGGCUGAAGCACCUCCACUCCCACCGGCCAUGAUGUUUAUCUCAAGAACUCUUCGCCUUUGCUGUCAGAGGCGAUUCCUGGUGCCCCUGUCAGUAUUAGCGCUGGCGUCGCCAUGGCUUCUGAAAGGGGUGGCCUUCAACACCACCCCAAAGACCUACGAGUGGCACGUGGAGCCCGAACACAGGAAGCUGGUGCAGGGCUACGUGCAGAGUGUCUUGAAGAGAGAGUGCCGGCCCGCGUUCGCCCGGAAAGGCAUGGAGGCCCGCAUCCCCACCACCACCCCAGUGAUGGAGCCGUUUCUCUGGAGGGAGAGCCGCAUCACGGACACGGUCUUCCAGUACCCUCCACCCUUUGGCUUCCUCAACUUGGAGGAGAAGCUGAUGGACGUGCUGAGACACCUGCCGCCGUCGCCCACCCAGGAGCAUCAUGGGAAGGAUUGUCAGCGCUGCGUGGUGAUCGGCAACGGGGGAAUCCUGCGUGGCCUCGAGCUGGGGACGCUCAUCGACCAGUUUGACGUGGUGAUCCGGCUGAACAGUGGUCCAGUGAAAGACUUCAACAAGGACGUGGGCAACCGCACCAGUAUCCGCAUGAGCUACCCAGAGGGCAGCCCCAAGGUGUGGGAGGACCAGGACCCCAAGCUCAAGUUUGUGGCCGUCAUCUACAAGUCCGUGGACUUCCACUGGCUCAACGCCAUGAUCACCAAGCAGACAGUGUCCUUAUGGGACUGGCUGUUCUUCUGGCAGAAGGUGCCUGAUGACAUCCCUCUGAAGCUGUCUCAGUUCUACGUGCUGAACCCCGAGAUCAUCCGCGAGACGGCCCUGGACCUGCUGCAGUACCCCAAACCCAAGUUCCACCUGUGGGGCUGGGACCAGGUAACCACCGCCAGACAUAAUGUCCCGACACUGGGCGUGUCAGCGCUCAACCUGGCCACGUACCUGUGUGACGAGGUGAGUCUGGCGGGCUUCGGCUACAACCUGAGCCAGCGGGAGGCGCCCCUCCACUACUACGACGCGCUGCCCAUGGCGGCCAUGCUGUCCCAGGACAUGCACAACGUCAACCAGGAGAGGGCGCUGCUGCAGGCCCUGGUGGAGGAUGGCACCGUCGCCGACCUGACCGGCGGUAUCCACUGCACCUUCUGCUCCAGCUGAUGUAUCUAUGACGACGACAACGACGAUGCACACCGAGGUGGCAUACACUUCCAGAGGGCAUGCACUGCAGUUUUUGACCCCUACUGAUAUGGCGGCGAUGGCAUGCCUUCGUCACACACACUCUCAAUAACUUUUGUCAAUAACUGCAGGGCAUUCCAGCUUUGAUCGAGGGCCAACUAUUGUACCGACAAUGAAGAUGAUGACCACUUCCUGCUCCAGCUGAUGUAAUGACGACGAUGAUGAUGACCAACGAUGUGGUAUACACUUUCCAGAAGGCGUGAACAGCAGUUUUUGACCCUUGUUUAUAUGUUGGCAGUGGUAUGCCUUCUUCACGUGUGCUCACACAGGAUGUACACAGUGCAGAUUUUGUCAAUAACUGCAGGGCAUUCCAGCUUUUUUUUUUCGAGGGCCAACUAAUGUAUCAAUGAUGAUGACCGCCUUGGCAUACACUUACAGAGGGCAUGCACUGCAGUUUUUGACCCUAGCUGACAAGACGACGACGGUAUGCCUUCUUCACGUACAGUCUCGCAGUUUUUAUGUCCAGACGCCUCUCCACGGACCUUGGAUAUCACAUGGAAGUCGUUUAGCAUGUGCAUGGCUGGGGAGGACGUAAGUGGCUCAGACUGGUACCGUACAUGCCCUGUAGUUAUUGCCCCCAAAUGCACUCUUUCUACCCCUCAAAGGGCAAGUUUCUGGCCCAGCUGAUGUGAUGGUGCCCACUCGCCGCCACAUAAGCUGUCACAGAGGAUAUGCACUGCAGUUUUUGACCCAUCUGAGGCUGAUGUCCCCAGACACAUUCCUUUACCCCUCAAAGGGCAUCAGAUCUCCGACCCAUGUAGUAUGAUGAUUCCCCUUCAGUGAUAGACUGUUGGAGGCUAUCCACCGUAGCCUCUGCCCCGGCUGAGAUGCCCCCUGGCCUUCCCCUUCCUCAGGGGGGACGUUUGCUACCAUUUCUGCCCCAGCUGGCAUGACCUCAACCCCUCUCCAAACCACCCCUCUCUGUUGGGGGGGGGGCAUGUCACUGUAGCUUUUGCCCCAUCUGAUACUGAUGCACCCCGCUCUACCUUUCCAUCACCUCAAAGGGCAUCCAGCAUCCGGCAUUCCUGGUCAUGGAUUAAUAAUGUCCUGGUGGGGUGGAAAAUUGUAGAACGAGGUCCUACUGCAGCCCUGGAGGUCUGGAAAUCCACAGGACUUGAAUACCGGUUUCAGCUGAGUUGGUGGAAAAUCACUGGACUGACUGCACUGGAUGCAAUAAUUCCUUCGGGUCAAUUUGGGUUGUUAUGUGACACAACUAUACAGCCAAGAUGGCCGACGGGUAGAGCCACAGCGGUGCAGAAGAGGUGAAGAGAA